GAGAAAAGUUUGUAACUACAAAGUUUGUAAGAAACAAUCAUGGAUUACUGGCGAAAAAUAUGUUGUGAAUUGUGCUUCUGCUUAAGGAUUAUUUAGGUUUAAUUUGGUAAAGCCAAAUGGCAAAUCAACCUAGCAGAAGGAUUGGAGCUAUGAAAAUCCGCCUAACAAUUUUAUGUGCGAAGAACCUUGCAAAAAAAGAUUUGUUUAGAUUACCUGAUCCGUUUUGUAAAGUCAGUGUUGAUGGAUCUGGUCAGUGCCAUUCUACCGAAACGUGUAAAAAUACCCUUGAUCCGAAAUGGAAUCAACAUUAUGAUUUAUACAUUGGAAAUAACGACUCAAUUACAAUUAGUGUUUGGAAUCACAAAAAAAUACAUAAAAAGCAAGGAGCUGGCUUUCUUGGGUGUGUUAGAAUCAUGACAAAUGCUAUCCAAAGGCUAAAAGAUACUGGCUAUCAAAGGCUGGAUUUAUCUCGAAGCCAUACAGAUGACCCCGAACCAGUGAAAGGACAGAUUGUUAUUAGCUUGUUAUCCAGAGAUGGUCAUGGAUCUGGAAGUGUAAAUGUAGUAGUUGAUCGUCUUGGUAAUUUAUCCCUUUCUCCGGAUGAACUGCCUGAAGGGUGGGAAGAAAGGAGAACGGCUUCAGGAAGAGUUUAUUAUGUUAAUCAUUUUACUAGGUCAACACAAUGGGAAAAGCCAACAAGGACCGCAUAUGAAAUUGAGCAAGCAAAUGGUCACAACAACAAUCGUGCAAAUAGUAGUCAAGUUUCUAAUAAUGCCACAACCAACAAUUCAUCUUCAAAUCCUUCAUACAAUAAUACGAACUCUAAUUCAAAUACGAACUUUAAUAACCUAAACUCUACUAGCAAUUCAGAAAGCAAUUCUAGUAAUAAUACUAGCAAUAAUGUUAGUAGUGGAAGUGGACAUUCACGAAGACGAUCAACUAGGCAUCGAAAUUAUUUAUCAAGAAAUCAUUUACAUCAAGCAGUUGAGCUUCCUGAAGGUUAUGAAAUUAGAACGACACAGCAAGGCCAAGUAUAUUUUUAUCAUGUAGCCACUGGUGUGAGCACGUGGCAUGACCCAAGAGUUCCUAGAGAUUUAGCUGGAAUCAAUGUUGAUGAGUUGGGCCCACUUCCCAAUGGCUGGGAAAUGAGGCGUACUGCCAAUGGACGUGUAUAUUAUGUGGAUCACAACAACAGAACAACACAGUUUACGGACCCACGGUUGUCCAGCAGCUUAGCUGUACAAAACAUGCUCAAUACAAGGAGAAGUAGUGGAAUUGAAGACAAUAGCAACCUCCUGAAUGGAAGAGUUUCGGAUUCUUCACAAGUAACUUCAAAUGUCAAUCAUACCUCUAGUGCCAUUAAUCCCAACAGCCCAAAUCCUCCCCCACUGCCGCCUUUGCCUACUUUAAACCCUACUAUACCUCUUGCUCUGGAGAUUGUAGAUGCACCGUAUUCAAAGCAGAAGCGAGAUUUAGUUCAAAAACUUGCAGCCUUAAGACAAGAACUACAUGCUUUGCAGCCACAGUCUGGACACUGCAGGCUAGAAGUUUCUCGAGAAGAUAUCUUUGAAGAAUCAUAUCGGUUAAUAAUGAAAAUGAGACCAAAGGAUUUGCGGAAAAGGUUGAUGGUAAAAUUCAGAUCUGAAGAAGGUUUGGAUUACGGAGGAGUAGCAAGGGAAUGGCUUUACUUAUUAUCACAUGAAAUGCUCAAUCCAUAUUACGGCUUAUUUCAGUAUACGAGAGAUGAUAUAUAUACCCUUCAAAUCAAUCAUGAUUCUUCUGUCAAUCCUGAGCAUCUAUCAUAUUUCCAUUUUGUUGGUCGUGUUAUUGGAUUGGCAGUGUUUCAUGGACACUAUAUAGAUGGCGGUUUUACGCUGCCCUUUUAUAAAAUGUUAUUGAAUAAGCCAAUUACAUUAGAGGACAUAGAAGCUGUUGAUCCAGAGCUACAGAGAAGCUUAAAAUGGAUGCUAGAUAAUAAUAUAUCAACUAUUAUUGACACAUCAUUUUCUGUGGAACAUGACUCUUUUGGUCAGCUUCAAGUUCAUGAAUUAAAGCCAAAUGGUCGAGAAAUUCCAGUGACAGAUGAGAAUAAAAGAGAAUAUGUCCGGUUAUAUGUUAACUACAGGUUUAUGAGAGGAAUUGAGCAACAAUUUCUUGCUUUACAAAAAGGUUUCAAUGAGUUAAUACCACAACACUUAUUGAAAUCUUUUGACGAAAAAGAACUUGAGCUUGUCAUUGGAGGUCUUGGGAAAAUUGAUCUUGAAGACUGGAAAAUGAAUACAAGGUUAAAACACUGUAACCCAGACACAAAUAUUGUUAAGUGGUUUUGGAAAGCAGUUGACAUUUAUAGUGAAGAACAAAGAGCAAGACUUCUCCAAUUUGUCACUGGCAGUUCUCGUGUACCCUUGCAAGGUUUCAAAGCUUUACAAGGAUCCACUGGAGCAGCUGGCCCAAGAUUAUUCACAAUCCAUCUUAUAGAUGCUAGUACAGAUAACCUUCCAAAAGCUCACACAUGUUUUAAUCGCAUCGAUAUCCCUCCAUAUGAAUCUUAUGAAAAGUUAUAUGAAAAGUUGACUCAGGCCAUAGAAGAAACUUGUGGUUUUGCUGUGGAAUGAAAAGCAUUUGUAAUGAACUCAUCAAAAUAUCUUCCAGGAAAGAGCCUUAUAUUUUAUUUAUUCGUGCAUUUUUGUAGUCAAACUCAAGCAAAAGGCUGAUUAACAAGAACUACUUUUACAUGUUGAAAGCUUACUGUUUAUUAUACACAUAUAUAAAAAUAUGAAAAUGCCAUGGCACAACACCUGCUUGGCACUUGUUUUACUACAAUUCUCAAAUAGUCCAUAUAUAUUUGGGAUUUUAACUGAAUAUAUUACAACAAAAGGGUUUUCUGGUAAUACGAAAGAUUUUAUCUAUAGCUUUUUAACUCAUAGUUAAUUUUAUCGCAAAAAAAAAAAAAAAUCUGAUAAUCCAGCCUGUUUUAGAUUCAUAUCUAUGUGAGUACUUGUAAAAUAAAUGUGUAUAAUAUUUAAAUAUAAAUCUAUUUAUAUAUAUAAAUUUAUGUUAUGUAAAUAGUUCUGUGUGUAGUUUUUUUUUUUAAAGAAUUUUAUUGCACUCAAUAGAGAUGCAUUGUAAUUUCUAGUUAGUUUUGAGAACUAAUCUAGACCAAGAUGUGUGUUUAAAAAAUCAAUACAAAUAAAAAUGAUUUGAAUGAUAAAAAUAUUAUUGAGGUGCUGAACAUUUUUAUUUGUCUUUAAUAAUUUUUAAGCUGUUUGUCAUUGUGUUGGUAAGAAAAUCAGUUUUAUUAUUCAAUAAUAUAACAGUAUUCAUUAAUAUUCUUCAAUACUAAUAUUUAAUUUUAACACUUUUAUUAAAUACAGACUUGACUUUUUACAGUUCAAAGUAAUCAUUCUCAAAACUGUAUUACCAAAUAAAAAAAGUUGAUGAAUGUUAAAAUGAAUUAGUGUAGGGAAAAAAUCUACUAAGAAUCUUAAUGAUUUUUAAAAGUAUAUUUCUAGUCUAAAGUGCUGGAUUGUCAGAAUUUUACUUCUGUUGGUAAACAUUGUUGCUUAAGCGUUUCUUCAAAAAUUUAUUCUAAUUUUUGAAAUAGUUUUCGUUUUAUAAAUUCUAUAUGUAUUCAAUUACAGUUUCAUGUUUAACUCAAUAGAAAGUUGAAGUUUUGCCCACAAUUUAAAAUUGUCUUGAUUGAACUUAGUUUUCCAAUAUGAUCUUCACAUUUUUUCAACUGAGGUCCUCCUAUAAAUUAUGGCUUUAGUACUACCUUAUAUUUUCAUAACUGCUUGGAUGACGAAAUAAAACAUACAGUGCAAGAUAAUACAAUUUAAGCGUUUCUUAUACAGAGUCCGACAAAUUCUGGUCGCCUGGAAAAAAUACCUUGGCAAGUAGUUCUUUCACAUUGAGAGAGAAAAAAAAAUCCAUUGUGAAUAUAAUAUUUAAUAUACCAUAGUUUUCCUGUACCUUGUGUUUUCAAAAUUCCAAGUAAAGUGAUAUUUUUCAAGCAAAGUAGUAUUUACACUUGUAAAAAUUUAGAUUUUUCUUCCAUCAACUUUUUAAAAUUUUCUUUUAAAUGGCAUAUUUUUAAUGUUUGGCGUAUGUGUAAACUAAUAUACACAAGUUGAAAAGUUAGCAUUUUGAAUUUAACUUAGAAUUGGAGAAUUUAGUCAAUCUAGUCCCCAAUUAAGUUCAUUGCAAGAAAACAGAACAAUGUUGACUGUAUCAGCUGUAAUAUUUCUGAUAUCCUAAAGCUUUCUAAACUGAACAGGAAAUAUUUCUUAGAAGUUUUAGGUGAAGUAUUCCUUUUUAUUAUUUGGGAUUUCAGAUGAAAUGUAUCUUUUGAAUAUUUCAAGCUAAAUAAAUGAUGCUUGGAAUAGCCAUGUCACACCUAAGUUUUAUCUGAAAGUGACAACUUCUGAAAACUAAUUUGUCACAUGUGACACCAAAAAAAAA